UUUUGUAAUGCAUUCAAAACAGAAAAGGGGCCCACAAUAGGCUUUCACUGUAUGUACAGUACAGAGUGUUGCUGCGGUUAGAAUGCCGUUGUUUUAGCUGGCUCAGAUCUCGUGGUGGCCGUAGCGGCGCCCGGCGUGGCAGGUUCGGCAGAGCAAGUACAUAACACUAGCCGAGCGAUGAGGCCGUCCGCCUCAUUUUCACCCGCAGCACAAGAGCAUUCCUAAGCAACUUAUCACCACCAAAGCGUGUCUGCGUGUCUAGCGCCAUGAAAUAGGGUGCCCUGUAGGGCUCGGAAUUGCCAAUUGAAGGAGGUCCGCUUGGGAACGAAGACAUCAUCCUCGUUUGUUGUGCAUGGAUGGCUUCCUAUUGACACGCCUGGGGCCAAAAAAGACAUACACCUCAACUGAUUGAAAGCAGGAUUGCUAGAUAGUGUCCAGUUUUGGCAUCCGAUGGGAUGAGCGCUACGAUUGGUGCAAGUUGUUUUGCCCAUGGCCUCUCUGGAUGCGCACUACCUAGCGAUAUCUUGGUAGGAAAUUGGCUAGGCUUCAGCUGGGUUCGGCUGCGCCAUGCACACGCCCCCCUUCUCUCACUACAUACUUGCCGUGCUCAGAGCUCCCCUGGGGAUUGCAGGCAAGGCUAGGGGACGGCUAGCCUGACUUGAGGUGUGCAUUGUGGCGUUACGCGACGGCCGACCCCGCAAAACGGCUAACAUCCCUUGGACGAUGCUUUUUUUCCCCGUUCACACUCGGGUCUGCUUCAGAUGAAGCCCAAAAUAAAAGAUUCUACUAUGAUUCCAGAAAACCAACCUGGGGCUAGGCUCAACUUAUGGCGGGGGCUUCAGGAACAGUUCGGCAAGCUUGACGAGCCACAGGGCAACUUUACGGGUCAAACCGUGAUUGUCACUGGCUCCAAUACUGGAAUCGGGCGUGAGGCGGCCCGCCGCUUUGUUCGUAUGGGCGCCGCCAAAGUGAUUCUGGCGUGUCGGAACACUGUGGCUGCAGAAGCCGCCAAGCGGGAUAUUGAGGCGACCACUGACACUACCAAUGUUGUUGAAGCAUGGCACAUAGACCUGUCAUCUUUUGAUAGCGUCAAAGCAUUUGCUACUCGCGCGGCAGAGCUUGAAAGGCUCGACAUUCUGGUAAACAAUGCCUCCGUCCUACCGAUGAAAUAUGAGGAGAAGGAGGGCUACGAGUCUAUGUUGACUGUCAACACGAUUUCGACGUUGUUGCUGACUCUACUGGUGCUUCCAACACUGCGAAAGUCUGGCGUAAGGCAUAAUGCGACGCCUAAGAUUGUCACAGUCUCUUCUGACGGCGCGUUCAUGACUAGCUUUUCUCAAAAGACUGCGCCUGUGAUAUUCGAGGAGCUCCGCAAGGAUUCGGAUAUGAAUGCACGGUACAACACGACAAAACUGCUACAACUCGUUGUUAUGCAUCGCCUCGCCUUAGCCACAAACGAGUCGGGCAAGGGCCACGUUAUCAUGAACUCCCUGAACCCUGGACUUGUGCGCUCCGAUCUAUUCCGAAAUGUCCCUUUUCCGUUCUCGCUGCUGGUCAGCGGUCUCAACUGGAUAUUUGGGCGCACCGCUGAAGUGGCGUCAUGCACAAUCAUCGACUCUGCGUUACAGGGCGAGGACUCGCACGACACGUUCCGCUCAUCGUGCGAACAGCGGAGAUACCCAGAAAUUUUGGUUGGAGAGGACGGCGAGAAACUAAUGAAUAGAGUUUGGUCGGAACUGCUUGCCAUUGUCGAAAAGAUAGCACCAGGCGCCACGGGGGAGAUUUGAUGACGCUGAUAGGCAAUUCCACUGGCAAUGCACGCAAAGUACAGCAAUGAACAGCAAACUACUUAUUUUACAAAGGAAAUUUCGGCUUUAAUUCGUUUACUUAUUUUGUGUAUGCCACGACCAUUAUUGACACCCGCCACAUUCUAACUGUUUAUAAGCCAGAGCACACAGAAUAGUGAUUCUAUGAUUUUGUUACUUAGAAAGCACGUAAUCAUUUGUAAAUGAUAGA